AUGAUCUAUGGCCAGACCCAAGAUCAUGUCCUACUAAGGCGUGCCCCUUACUACCAAGAAACCAUUGGAGAUUUUGCAUGGGAGCAAUCACAAGAAGUUAACUAUCUAGAUGACUUCAUCUAUCCUCCUGACUUCCAGCAGCAAUCACCACGGUUUCACCAUCAAGGAAGUCAAUUCCAACCUAUGCAGCAGUACAAUCAAGAAGGCAUGUACCCAAUGAAGCAGCCUUACAACUUUCCUCCAAGCGCACCUCAUCCGGUUCAGCAAAAUAGUGUGAUUCAAGCAAUGCUUCAGCAGAUUGUGGAUGAUCAAAAAGAGUUCACUAAUGAAUUGGAUGAGAGGAUGGAAAGCUUGUUCAACAGUUUCAUUGACAAGAACGAAAGGGAAGCUGAGUUCGUGCCAACCCAUAAACCACCCCAGACUGCUGUUAACUUGGCUACAAGACCAGAGCAAGAGCAUUACUCUUUGGACUCAACAAGAGGUUACAAGCCGAAGCCACUAGAGAAGAUCUCUAACCCGGAGAAGCUUGAUGUACCUUGCAUCAUUAAUGGAGUUUUGUUCAAGGAUUCCAUAUGUGAUACAAGAUCUCACAUCAACAUCAUGAACAAAGGAAUAGCCAAGAAGAUUGGGAUUGAAAUCAGGGAUCCCUCCAAGAUACCAAUGCGGUUUAAAGAUGACCCUUAUACUCUCUUCCAUGGUUUCAUCUCGAAUCUUACACUAUCCAUUGGAGAUCACGUCUUUAAGGCUGAUUUCCAUAUAUUAGAGAUGAAACAAGACCCUGACAAGCCAUUGAGUUUUGGUUCAUCAUUCCUUGAAGCCAAUGGAGCAAUCUUGGAUCUUCAGAAGCAAAGAAUCUCUCUCUCCAAAAUCAGUAAAGCCAUGUCCUAUCCGGCGGUUCCUAUCAAGAGCUCUCAUUCUGCAGAUGUGUGCGCUAGAGAGGAACCACUAUCAGAGCCUUAUAAUGACCAAGAGGAGUUGAUAGACGUCAUAUCAGCAGCCCCUCUCAUCAUACCUAAGGAAAUUGCCAUACCGGCAAAGGCAAACUGCAUUAAGGUUUCAAGUGUCUCAAGCAAGAUUUUGACACCAAGGGAGUACAAGGAGGACGUGAUUGAUGCCACACCACAGCCUAUAAGAACUUCAAGAUGCUUCUCUAAGUUCAGCUUUGAUUUCCAGAAUAAGGAAAACAAAGAACCCUUCAAGGAUGGGCUGCACAAGAAGAGGAAACUCUUUACUGGUGGUAUUGUUUCUUGCAACUACAUUCAAGACCUUCAAGAUAUCCAUAGGAGGAGUUUCAAACCGUCAGGUCCAGAAUGUAGAGAAGCUAAAGGAGCCUCAACUCUUCUAUUUGAUCAAUUGGUCAAUUAG